AAGGUGUGAGGUGACAACCAUGUGGUUGCUUAGUGAGAAAAACUGUUCCAUGAAGGGGUCUUUGACAGCCCCAAGACGACAAGCUGAGUGAAGCUGCCAUGAUGCUUGGUCUCCAAAUGUUCUUGCUUUUUCAUGUUCUGACAUGUUUCGGAGGAAAUGCGCUUAGGAGUGAAAUCAUAAAUGGUAAAAAGACCAAGGCGAAGUCGAUGAAGUAUAUGGCCUCAGUGCAGAACAACAAGGGUCACGUAUGUGGAGGAUUCCUCAUCAGUGAAGACUUUGUGGUCACUGCUGCACACUGUGACGACAAGAAUCCUACAAGUGUUGUUCUUGGCACCCACAAUCUCAAGAAGGUUGAUGAUAAAACAAUGCGAUACACUGUGAAGAGGUGCAAACACCCAUCUUAUAAGAGACUUGAAUCUGGGAAUGACAUCAUGCUCCUCAAACUGUCGAGGAAAGCUCGCCCGAGCAAAAAAGUACUAAUUAAGCCAAUUCAACUUCCAAGUCGUCAAAUAAAUCUGAAAGAAAACCAAAACUGCAAAGUAGCUGGAUGGGGAUUGACAAGAACUGGUGGUCAACUUGUUAAUGACCUGCAAGAGGUGGAUGUUCCCAUCAUUAAGCUGGAAAAGUGUCAGAAGGCAUGGCAUAAUAUCCUUCCUGACAAUAUUAUCUGUGCAGGUGGAUAUGGAACAAAGAAAGGAUUCUGUCAGGGUGAUUCUGGUGGCCCUCUGGUGUACAAGGGGAAGAUUGCUGUUGGUGUUGUUUCCUUUAACAGCAAGAAUAACUGUAACUACCCAGAUGUACCCAACAUCUAUACAGAUAUAUCAAAAUUUCUUCCCUGGAUAAAAGAGAUUCUCCAGAAAAAGAAAUGUAAAGAUAAUGGGCUAUGGUUUCAUAACUGUGACUGUGGAGACAUCAAUGAUCAAGUUUGCAGCUGGAAACUUUCUGUGGUUUCUGUGCUUCAUCAAGAUUAUCUCACAGUUCAAAGAAAUGCUUGGGUUACAGGCAAGAGGAUAUUUGAGGCUGGCUGCAAAACACGUGGAAGUGAAAUCAUAAAUGGUAAAAAUACCCCAGAGAACUCAAUGCUGUAUAUGGCCUCUGUGCAGAACAACAUGGGUCAUCAUAUAUGUGGAGGAUUCCUCAUCAGUGAAGACUUUGUGGUCACUGCUGCGCACUGUGAUGACAAAAUGAUUCCUUUAAGUGUUGUUCUUGGCACCCACGAUCUCAAGAAGGUUGAUAAUAACACAAUGAGAUACAGUGUAAAGAGAUGCAAACGUCCAUCUUAUUCGAAACCUUCAUCUGGGAGUGACAUCAUGCUCCUCAAACUGUCUAAGAAAGCUCAACUGGGCAAAAGAGUAAGACUGAUUCUACUUACCAAGGCUGACAAUAAAAUAAAAGAUAAGGAAAAGUGCCGUGUCGCUGGAUGGGGUUGGACUCAAACUCAUGGUAAAGCUGUUGAUGUACUGAAGAUGGUGGACGUGCCCUUUGUCAACCUGGAGGUCUGUAAGAAAGAAUGGGCUGCUAUUGGCUUGAAUCUUCCUGCCAAUGUUAUCUGUGCCGGUGGAUAUGGCACAAACAAAGGAUUCUGUCAGGGUGAUUCGGGUGGUCCUCUGGUGUGCAGUGGGAAGGCUGUUGGUGUCGUGUCUUUCAACAUGAGAAAAAACUGUGACUACCCAAAUGUUCCUAACGUCUACACAGAUAUAUCAAAAUACCUUCCCUGGAUCAAAAAUGUUCUCAAGAAAAAGGAUUGUUAA